CCCCUCCCCCUUACUACCGUGGUUCCGCAUAAGCGACACAUCUUCCGGCAAUCCCGUGCAUACACGUGCCGACAUGACUAAAAUAGCGGGCGGAAAAGAUGCGUCGCUCGGAGAAUUUCCGUACAUGGCAGUGGUGCAUCAACUCAUGGGCUACGGAAAAAUUGGGCAAUGCGGCGGUACAAUCAUAAACAAAAGAUGGGUACUCACAGCCGCUCAUUGCGUACAGGAGGGGCCACAGAAAUUUUUCGUGGUGUUCGGCAUCAUCGACAAGUCCGGCAUUGGAUACAACACUCUUUUAGGCCCCGGUGUGUCAAUGAUUGCGACUACAGCCGUCGUACACCCGCUAUACAGACUGGCUCAAAACGAUAUUGCCUUACUCCAUAUGCCACAGGAUAUUCCCUUUUCCGACACAAUUGGGCCAAUAAAACUCGCAUAUAAUCGGGACGAACACUUUACGGGAAGAGACGCUUUUGUGGUCGGUUGGGGGAAGGAUUACACUGGCUCAACUACGAGAAAACUCAAGUACGCCACAUUGCCGAUUAUAGACAACAGGAAAUGCAAACAAUACUGGAACAUCGACAACGCGCACGUUUGUACGGCCGCAGGACUGGGGCGAGACGCUUGUCAGGGCGACAGUGGUGGACCUCUCAUUGUAGUAGAUGAAAAUGGCAUAGACCGUCAAGUGGGCAUUGUGAGUUACGGAAACGCACGUUGCCCUAGCGACGUACCUGGAGUUUUCACAAGGAUUUCUGAAUACAAGAACUGGAUUGACCACUGGAUUGAGGAGCGGCGCGCGGAACAGUCUACCAUGAAUGUGAAAAGUGUGAAGAUACUUUUGUGCCUUGUAAUCAGCUUGACAGUAUGUCAGUAUGCUUGCAGUCAUCGAGGGUCACUGUAUCUUACCCCGGACGUCAACAUCUCCCCCUCCCCCUCCCCCUUACUACCGUGGUUCCACAGAAGCGACACAUCUUCCGGCAAUCCCGUGCAUACACGUGACUGGAGUAAAAUAGCGGACGGAACAGAUGCGCCGCUCGGAAGGUUUCCAUACAUGGCAGUGGUGCACCAUUUCCUGGGUCAUGGAGUAGUCGGGCAAUGCAGCGGUACAAUUAUAAACAAAAGAUGGGUUCUCACAGCCGCCCAUUGCGCAGUAAACCACCCGCGAAGAUUUCUCGUAGUGUUCGGCAUCAUCAACAAGUCCGGCAUUAAAUACGAUACUUGCGAAGGCGGUGUGUCAAUGAUUACGAAUGAAGCGUUCAUACACCCGGAAUACGAAUCCGAUCACAACAAUAUUGCCUUACUCUACAUGCCACAGGAUAUUCCCUUUUCCGGCACCAUUCAGCCCGUAGAACUCUGUAAUAACCAGAGGGAUCCUUUUAUUGGUAAAAACGCUUUAGUGGUCGGUUGGGGAACAGAUGGUAUGACUAGCCAAGGUUUGACAAAACUCAAGUACACCACAUUGCCGAUUAUAAACACCAAUGCGUGCCAGCCAUACUGGCAUAUCGACGAACGGCACGUUUGUACGGCCGCAGGACUGGGACGAGAUACUUGUCAGCUCGAGAGUGGUGGACCUCUCAUUGUAGUAGAUGAAAAUGGCGUAGACCGUCAAGUCGGUAUCGUGAGUUACGGAAACGCGCAUUGCCCUAGCAACGCACCUGCAGUGUUCACCAAAGUUAACAGAUAUACCCACUGGAUUCGCUCUGUGGUUGAGAUUGUACAUGGCCUGAGAAUGCCAGGUUAUGUAGGUUUGAUUGACUCGAUUGAUCCGAUUAAAUAAUAUUUUUACGGAAUAUGCUUUUCAGGUAACGUAACUGCAGUAAUGUUACAUACCUAAACGUGUUCGGUGCAAUAUAAUCGGAUGCGGUUACUCUAGUAGUCAAUCAGUGCACUA